AUGUUUGGAAAUCCUUGGAUGGCAUAUGUAUUAUCCUCAAACAAAGCCUGUGGCGGAUCGUUGAUUACAAACCGCUUUGUACUCACUGCUGCCCAUUGUCUGACAUAUCAAUUUAUGGAAGUAUUCCUAGGUGAUUUUGACAUCUCUUCACGGACCGAUUGCUCUGCCCGAGGCUGCAUGCCAAAUGCUCUCCGGGUGCCCGUGGAUCAGCAAAUACCACACUCUCGAUAUGUACAUUUUACCAGAGAUGACAUCGCCCUGCUCAGACUGGCCGGAUCGGUGCGGUAUACAGACUUCAUCAGACCCAUUUGUCUGCUGACUAACUCCAAUCCUUUGAGUACUCUCAGGCACUUGACCGUCACCGUUCGCGAACUCGGCGACAAGGAUGACGAUGACGACGACGAUGAGGGGCAACGACGCACGAAACCGCACCAAAUGCCCGCCGGCCAUUGCAAGUUCUCAAGUGCUUCCGGCUGA